AAAAUGAGGGCAAUUGUCCUAUUAUCAGUGUUAAUCAGUUGUUAUCUGGUGAUUGCGGAGGACUAUUACGAGUUAUUAGGUGUUGAACGAGAUGCAGACGAUCGGACGAUUCGGAAGGCUUUCAAGAAGUUGGCGAUCAAGAAGCAUCCUGAUAGGAAUACGGAUGAUCCAAACGCCCAUGAUGAAUUUGUAAAAAUCAAUAAAGCUUACGAAGUCCUGAAGGACGAAAAUCUGCGAAAAAAAUACGACCAAUUUGGAGAAAAAGGACUGGAAGACGGGUUCCAAGGAGGAAAUAACUAUCAAAGUUGGCAGUUUUAUAAUGAUAAUUUUGGAAUCUAUGAUGAUGAUCAAGAAAUUGUGACUCUCAAUAGAGCAGACUUUCAACGAAUGGUUUCGGAUUCAAAUGAGAUUUGGUUCAUCAAUUUUUACUCCACUUAUUGCUCACAUUGUCAUCAGCUGGCUCCUACGUGGCGAAAAUUCGCGCGUGAAAUCGAGGGAACAAUCCGUGUGGGUGCUGUGAACUGUGCCGAAGAUCCACAGCUGUGCCAAUCUCAACGUGUAAAUGCCUAUCCAUCACUUGUGUUCUAUCCAACUGGAGAAUUCUAUCAAGGACAUCGUGAUGUGGAGUUGAUGGUGGAUUUUGCGAUUCAGCGGCUCAAAUCUGAAGUUUUACAUUUAAAUUCGGAGAAUUGGAAGGCGUUGAGCGAGGACUGGGAACCAUAUAAUCGUCUUCCAUGGGUUGUUGAUAUGUGUGGAGGGGAUCAUAUUGAUUGCCUGAGCUCUACUACGAGACGAAAGCUCUCCUCAAUGCUCGACGGACUUGCCAACGUGGCAACCAUUGACUGUAACGCUGAAGAAGCUCUGUGCUCGAAAUUCAAUCCAAUCACGUCAGGAGUAAUGUGGUUCCCGGCACGAAAACUAGUGAAAAAGAGCCAAAUUAAUAUUGAGAGCAUGGAUGCUCAAGAGAUUUCAAAGAGUGUUAUUCAAUAUCUUGAUGAGCUUGAAGAUAUUUCAGUGGAGAGCUUGCAGAGGUUAUUGGAGGGAAACGAUCCAGAUGAGCCAAUCGCCGUAUGGAUGCUUGCCAAUGAUGCUCAAUCAACAGAACGAAAAGACUUCCGCCGUCUUCCGGCUCUUGUAACAACUCAAAUUUUCAAAUUUGAUUGCUCGAAAUCCUCGGAAAUUUGCGAUGAGCUUCUGGAUAAAACUAAGCUCCCGCAGUUUAUGGUUUUCAAGACAACUGGAGGAUAUGAAAUUGAUUAUGCUGGAUCAAAGGAUUUCCACGCGGCGAGCACAUUCAUUCGAGAAGCUUCAAAGUCGCAUAUUCAUGUGCUCAAUCGGGAUUCGUAUGAGUAUGCGAUUAGUGGUGGAGAAUUUUAUAUUAUCGAUUAUUUUGCGCCGUGGUGUCCCCCAUGUAUGAAGCUUCUCGGCGAGUACCGACGUUUCCACACCGCCACAUCAGAAGAUUCCAUGCUCCACACAGUAGCCAUCGGAUCCCUUGACUGCGUCAAAUACAAGGAUCUUUGCCAACAAGCCGGAGUUCAGAGUUACCCGACAAGUAUUGUCUACACACCGGACGGAAAAACGCACAAAAUGGUUGGAUAUCAUAAUGUAGACUACAUCCUAGAGUUCUUGGACAACUCAUUAAACCCAUCGGUUAUGGAAAUGAGCCCUGAGCAGUUUGAGGAACUUGUGAUGAACCGGAAAGAUGAAGAGACUUGGCUUGUGGAUUUCUUUGCUCCGUGGUGUGGACCUUGCCAGCAAUUGGCUCCGGAGCUACAGAAAGCCGCCAGGCAAAUUGCGGCGUUCGAUGAAAAUGCACAUGUUGCAUCAAUUGAUUGUCAGAAAUAUGCGCAAUUUUGCACGAAUACUCAGAUUAACAGCUACCCGACUGUUAGGAUGUACCCUGCCAAGAAGACUAAGCAGCCGAGGAGAUCUCCGUUUUACGACUACCCGAACCAUAUGUGGCGUAAUUCUGAUUCAAUUCAACGAUGGGUCUACAAUUUCCUUCCGACCGAAGUCGUCUCCCUCGGAAAUGAUUUCCAUACCACUGUCCUGGACUCAUCGGAACCAUGGAUUGUCGAUUUCUUUGCUCCAUGGUGUGGCCAUUGUAUUCAAUUUGCUCCGAUCUACGAUCAAAUCGCGAAGGAGCUCGCCGGAAAAGUGAAUUUCGCGAAAAUCGAUUGCGAUCAGUGGCCCGGAGUGUGCCAGGGGGCUCAAGUUAGAGCUUAUCCGACAAUUCGACUGUAUACUGGAAAGACUGGAUGGUCCCGGCAAGGGGAUCAGGGAAUCGGAAUUGGAACUCAGCACAAAGAGCAAUUUAUCCAAAUUGUUCGACAACAGUUGAAGCUUGAUGAGCAUGAUGAGCUAUAAUAAUUCAUGGGUUUUUGAGUUUUCGAUUGGUUUUAUGAGCAUUUUUAAGUCUCCCAGAUACUGGUUUUGUUGCAUAAUUUAUUUUUUAAUUGUUUCGAAAAAUACUGAUCUGAUUAAUAAAUUUUUAUCUU